GGCUUCCUGAUAGAUAGUCCCAGCCAAGGUCCCUCGCACCCCAAAAAAAUAAAAAAAACAAAAAAAAAUAAUAAUAAUUAAUGAGGAUGGGGAAAGGGUGGGCGAUCGCGCUUCAUGGGGGAGCCGGCGACAUUCCCCUGACGCUGCCCCCGGAGCGGAGGAUCCCGAGGGAGGAAGCCCUCAGGCGGUGCCUGGACCUCGGAGUCGCCGCCCUCAAAGACGGCGCGCCCCCUCUUAAUGUUGCGCAGGUCCGUGGGUUGGAGGACUGCCCGCACUUCAAUGCUGGGGUGGGCUCCGUUCUGACGAGUGCUGGCACCGUCGAAAUGGAGGCGUGCAUCAUGGACGGGAACACUAAACAAUGCGGAGCCGUGUCCGGCCUCUCCACGGUCGUUAACCCCGUAUCCCUCGCCCGCCUCGUGAUGCACAACACCCCGCACGUUUACCUCGGAUUCGACGGUGCCGAGGCCUUCGCGAGGGCCCAGGGUGUUGAAACUGCAGACACGGGCCACUUCGUAACUGCUGAAAACGUUGAGAGGCUGAAACAAGCCAGAGAAGCUCACCGGGUCCAGAUAGAUUUCACUCAGCCCGUGGCUCCUCACAAGGCACCAUCCACAGAGGAUGAAGGUGACAGUCGAAUCGGUACCGUUGGUUGCGUCGCCGUAGAUUGCGAUGGGAACUUGGCUGCAGCUACCUCUACUGGUGGGCUAGUGAACAAGAUGGUGGGCAGGAUUGGUGACACUCCCCUCAUUGGUGCAGGCACCUAUGCCAAUCAUCUGUGUGCAGUCUCGGCUACAGGCCGUGGUGAAGCAAUCAUACGGGCCACUGUCGCCCGUGAUGUCGCUGCUUUGAUGGAGUACAAAGGGCUCUCCCUCAAAGAAGCAGCCUCCUACGUUAUCGACAGGGUUCCCAAAAGCAGUGUGGGUCUCAUUGCUGUCUCUGCUGAUGGGGAGUUUGUGAUGCCUUUUAACACCAGGGGCAUGUUCAGAGCUUGUGCUACUGAAGAUGGGUACUCCGAGAUUGGGAUUUGGCAUUCCGGGGCUGACUCCUCCGACCAGCAGUAGGGCUCUAAUGGUCAGGCUGUGUCGUGUUGCGCUGUGCCGUAGUAGGUGUUAUGUAAAACUCACAUAAAGGGUAGCCUGUGCUUCGAUUUCAUUCUGUAGCAUGUUGCUGCUGUUAAUCCAUUGAAUACAGUUAGACCGCAUCCUGCUUA